AUGCAUCUUGUCGUGGCCAUCAUCGCGGCCCUGGCCCUCACUGUUCAGGCUUUUCCACAGCAUGGACGCUUUCGGAUGCUGGCCCGGGCCAAUGACACGGAAAUAGCAUGCGGCGCAAACGUGUACAGCCUCACCUCGGUGAGGUCGGCGGCCAACGCGGCCUGCAAGCACGUGGAGGCCGGGACAACGGCGGGCAGCUCGAGCUAUCCCCAUACGUACCGUAAUCAGGAGGGGUUCGACUUCCAUGGCGUUGCCGGGCCCUUUAUCGAGUUCCCGAUGAAGACGAAUGGUGUUUACAAAGGCGGCAAGCCGGGCGCCGACAGAGUUAUCAUCAACGAAAAGUGUGACCUGGCGGGCCAGAUCACCCAUUCGGGGGCCCAGGGCAAUGCUUUUGUGGGAUGCGAGGGGACGGAUUGA